GAGAGGAGAUCUUCCUUCUGUAGAAACGAGGACUGUAAUUCUGGUAUAUGUGAAGAGGACGGGGAUACCUGGUACUGUGUCUGUCCAUUAAACGCCACUGGAUUACGAUGUGAAGUACCAGUGCAAUCUUCAGUAAGCGAUAUAGGCUUUAAAGCCGAUACGUCCUUUAUGGCAAUGCCUAGUCCGAAAAGUUUGGAUCAUUUCCAGGUCUCCAUGGAUCUCAAACCUGAAGACGUGGAACACAAUCGUAUGCUGUUAUAUGUAGCGUCCGACUACGAUCCUGAAUCCAAGAAACAUAUGAGUGUUUCUGUCUCAGACGGUUCCAUCGUAUACUCUUAUAGCGAUGGAGAAGGUCGUGAAGAAAUACGAACUGCACCGAUAGAACCUGGUGUUGAGUACACAGUAGUACUAUCUCGCAACGACUCCACAACUCACUAUUUUAUAAAUCAACAGAUGUACGAACGAAAGAAUGAAAUGAAGACAUUCGAACCAGGCACCGACCUUUUCGUAGGUGGCCUGCCACCUGGACUCGACGUGCCAGAUGACGUCCCUGCCACUUCUUUCUUUGGAUGUAUUAAC